AUGAAGACAAGGGCCCAGCCUUGGAGGGCACUGGCAAAGUCAUGUCUUCUCUGUGCUGCCCUAGGAUGUCUCCAAUUCUCUGGUUCCAGAGGGGAGCAUCCAGAUUUCUUCGGCACAAAUGCAGUCAACCAGAGCCUUGCUAAGAGCAGACAAGUACGGAGUGUGGACGUCACCCCAGCACCUGUUGACUGUGAGCUAUCCAGCUGGUCCUCCUGGACUGCAUGUGACCCCUGUCAGAAAAAAAGGUACAGACAUGCUUACUUGCUCCAGCCCUCCCAGUUCCAUGGAGAAUUGUGUGACUUCUCUGACAAGGAAGUUGAAGACUGUGUUACCAACCAACCAUGCAGAAGUCAAGUGCGAUGUGAAGGCUUCGUGUGUGCACAGACAGGGAGGUGUGUGAAUCGCAGACUCCUCUGCAAUGGGGACAAUGACUGUGGAGACCAAUCAGAUGAAGCAAACUGUAGGAGGAUUUAUAAAAAAUGUCAACAGGAAAUGGAGCAGUACUGGGCAAUUGGCAAUCUGGCUCAUGGGAUAAACCUGUUCACAAACACUUUUGAGGGCCCCGUUCUCGAUCAUCAGUAUUAUGGUGGAGGAUGCUCCCCGCACUACAUCCUGAACACCAAGUUUAGGAAGCCGUACAAUGUGGAAGGCUACACCCCACAGACCCAAGGCGAAUAUGAAUUUGCAUUUAUAGAAUAUGAAUCAUAUGCAGAUUUUGAACACAAUGUGACAAAGAAAGAAACCAGCAAUUCCGGUUUCAAGUUUGGUUUUAAAAUAGUUGGCAUGUUUGAGUUUGGAGUUAAAGAAGAAAGCAAUGGAGGUAGACAUUACAUUCAAAGAACCAAACGAUUCUCCCACACUAAAAGCAAGUUUCUGCAUGCACGCUCUGUCCUUGAAGUGGCCCAUUACAAGCUGAAGUCUAGAAGCCUCAUGCUCCAUUAUGAAUUCCUCCAGAGGGUGAAGAGCCUUCCCCUAGAGUACAGCUACGGGGAGUACCGAGAUCUCCUUCGUGACUUUGGGACCCACUUCAUCACCGAGGCCGUGCUUGGGGGCAUUUACGAGUACACACUUAUCAUGAACAAAGACCUCAUGGAGCGAGGAGAUUACACGUUUGACGAUGUUUCUGCCUGUGCUGGAAAAGAUUUCCGAAUUGGUGGUGCGGUCUCUAAAGUCUACCUCAAAUUGGGUGUGUCGGAGAAGAAAUGCAAUGGUAUUCUGAAAGAAAUCAAAGACAGAAACAAGAGGAGCACCAUGGUAGAAGACUUGGUGGUUCUGGUACGAGGAGGGACCAGUGAGUACAUCACCACAUUGGCCUACAGGGAGCUGCCAACAGCUGAGCUGAUGAGGGAAUGGGGAGAUGCCGUGCAGUACAACCCAGCAAUCAUCAAAAUGAAGGUUGAGCCCCUGUAUGAGCUUGUGACAGCCACAGACUUCGCCUACUCCAGCACAGUGAAGCAGAACAUAAAGAAGGCACUAGAGGAAUUCCAGGUGGAGGUCAGCUCCUGCCACUGUGCUCCUUGCCAAGGCAAUGGAGUCCCUGUCCUGAAAGGAUCACACUGUGAAUGCAUUUGCCCUGCUGGUUUCCAAGGUGUAGCCUGUGAGGUUACCAAUCGGAAAGAUGUCCCCAUUGACGGGAGGUGGAGUUGCUGGUCCAACUGGUCUGCAUGCUCUGGAGGAAGUAAAACAAGACAAAGACAGUGUGACAAUCCACUCCCUCAGAAAGGAGGCGGGCCCUGUUCAGGCCCUGCUUCAGAAACACUCAACUGUUAGAGGAGGGAGAAGGACCCAGCCGGUGGGUGACCCAGCACAAGCUCUGGACCUCAUAGACUUCAGCUGGCUUCCCACACACCAUCUCCCACCCAUGGCUGCCACAACAAAAGGCAAUGCCACUCUGUCCUUUAAAGAUUUUAGUUUGUUCGAU